UUUAGGUUUGACAAAAUUGUGAUAUAAAUUGGCGUCCUGCUAAAUCAAAUAGUCCAACUAUCACAUUGAAUCAACAAACUUGAGUUAACGAUGCUAGCAACUGACCACACCAGUAAUAUAACAUAGUUAUGUUUAAAAAAACGCAAAUGCUUUCGUCUGAGUUUUUUUCCCCACCUUUAUUUAACCAGGAAGGCCAGUUGAACAAGUUCUCAUUUACAACUGCGACCUGGCCAAGAUAAAGCAAAGCAGUUCGACAAAAACAGCAGUUACACAAGGAAUAAACAAACGUACAGUAGAAUAGAAGAAUGUAUACAAUUAAUCCUUCCUUGCCUAACAGUUGCACCACAGAACAAUUCAUAUUUGGUAGCACAAUCCUUAAAAUAGUCGGCAUGUGUAGUUGGCUACAACAAUCUAUUUUGCGACAUUAACCUGACAAAAUGAGAAGAAAAACAUUAAAACAAGGUUGGGGGAGCAGCGGAAGUCAUGCGCACAUUCAGAAGUUUCAAUCUGAUGAUGGACAUAAAAUCCCCAAUGGUUAAAUUAACGGUUUAUGACGGAUUUAGAUACAUAUUCAGAUUUACUUUGAUUAGUCUAGCGUACUCAUCGGAUGUUGUUACAGUAUUUCGGAGCCGAAAUUAAUUGCAUAACCUUCUACAUUUCAGAUGUGGGCAAUGUUUGCACAGCUUGGUUUAUAUAUAAUUGUUUUAAACACUCGCCUGACUCGACGUCGAUGGAGGGGUGUUGUCUUAAGUCAGUCGUUGGCGUCCGGCCACCAUCUUGUUUUAAUUUUCUGCAUGUAUUUGGAAGCGAUUGUGGUCCAGCCGAAUACAAACAGGUUGAUGGGCAGUGCUGCCCAAUGUGUGGUAAAGGCUUGGUGGUCCGGAGGGAUUGUACUAUAGAGUCCAGCACAUCUUGUAUACCCUGUAUCAGAGGGACCUUCAUGAACGAGGCCAAUGGUCUAACCAAGUGUUUUCCCUGCAGUUCCUGUGACCCAGGACUGGGCCUGUUCACUCAGACCGAGUGCAAACCAACAAGUAACACAGUUUGCGACAUUCUAGAUGGAUACUACUGUAGAAGCUACUCAUCCAACUCUGAGUGUAGCUUUGCAGUAGAACAUACACACUGUUCACCGGGACAGAGUACUAAAUCACCUGGUACAAAGACAACAGAUACCAUGUGUGAGGAGUGUCAGCAUGGCUUUUACUCACAAUAUGGUGUGAACUGCACUGCUUGGACUGAUUGUGCAGCAAUGGGACGCGUGAAGACUGAAGAUGGAAAUUCUAGACAAGAUGUUAUUUGUAACAAAGUGCCACCAAGGAUCCAUACCACUCUAAUAGUUCCAAUAUUAUUAUUAGGCCUAACAGUUGUUGCACUGUUUGGUUUCUACCUGGCAAGAGGUUAGUCCUUUGUUUAUUUAACUUUAUUUCUCUAUUUAAUGAGUCACUUCUUUAAAGGCAUGUCAUUGUCAUGUAACUUGCUAUUCUAAUACAUAAACAUGCAAUUAAUGGUGAGUUGUCUUUACCCCAACUAAUCUGAUUAUUCUUGUUGUGUUUUCAGCUAAAUGUAAAAAAGAGUUCCAUGGAUUCUCUGAGGUUCCUGUGCAAGAAACGGGACACCAACAAGUCACCAGUAACUCCCUAGAGGAAACAGCAGAAAAUGUGCCUGGUAAUGUUGUAGCUGAUGUUCCACUAAACUGAGGAAGUGCCAUGAAUGCAUGCAGAUACCCAGGAGGCACCUGCAUUUUGACUAAUAAGUGCACUUAUCUGGAGUAGACUAUUUAAUACAGGGACAGAAAUUGGUUAACUUUAUCUACCAAAACAUUGUCACUUUUUACUUACAUUUUUUAUAUUAACAUACAUUUAAAUGUAUAUUAUAUUAACUGUGCAUUUAACAUAAAUAUUAAUGUCACUGUUUGAAACACCUGAACUGUUUUGAUGAUUGUUUGAAUAACAAUUCAAUUGUAUUCCCAUGUUUUAAAUAGCCACCCUUUGCCUUGACAGCUUUGCACACUCUUGGCAUUCUCUCAACCAGCUUCAUGAGGUAGUUACCUGGAAUGUAUUUCAAUCAACAGGUGUGCCUUCUUAAAAGAUAAGGUCGGUCAAUACGGAACAUUUCAAGAACUUUGAAAGUUUCAAGUGCAGUUGCAAAACCCAUCAAGCGCUAUGAUGAAACUGGCUCUCGUGAGGACUGCCACGGGAAGAGAAGACCCAGAGUUACCUCUGCUGCAGAGGAUAAGUUCAUUAAACAAAAAAUGUUAACUAGGCAAGUCAUUUAAGAACAAAUUCUUAUUUACAAUGACGGCCCAGGAACAGUGGGUUAACUGCCUUGUUCAGGGGCAGUAGUUUGGGCUUAGUCCCGCUAUCGUUUGUUUUUCAACAGAACAAUGACACAACACACCUCCAGGCUGUGUAAGGGCUAUAUUACCUAGAAGGACAGUGAUGGAGUGCUGCAUCAGUUGACAUGGCCUCCACAAUCACCCGACCUCAACCCAAUUGAGAUGAUUUGGGAUGAGUCGUACCGCAGAGUGAAGGAAAAGCAGCCAACAAGUGCUCAGCACAUGUGGGAACUCCUUCAAGACUAUUGGAAAAGCAUUCCAGGUAAAGCUGAUUGAGAGAAUGGCAAGAGUGUGCAAAGCUGCCAUGGCAAAGGGUGGCUAUUUGAAGAAUCUUAAAUAAAAUAUAUUUGGAUAAAACACUUUUUUUGGUUACUACAUGAUUCCAUAUGUGUUAUUUCAUAGUUUUGAUGUCUUCACUAUUUUUCUGCAAUGUAGAAAAUAGUCAAAAAUAAAAACACUUGAAUGAUUAGGUGUUCUAACACUU